ACAAAAUGGCAGAGACCGCACCAAUUGCACCUCCCGCUGAAAGCGCCGCUCCUGCCAAGAAGCAGCCGAAAAAGAAGGCAGCUGUAUCAGGUGGAGCCAAGAAAAGCCGUCCUGCAAAGUCCGGUCCCAGCGUGUCCGAUCUGAUUUUUAAAGCGGUGUCCGCUUCUAAAGAGCGCAGUGGGGUCUCCCUGGCAGCUCUCAAGAAGGCUCUGGCUGCGGAAGGCUACGAUGUGGAGAAGAACAACAGCCGCCUCAAGCUGGCUCUCAAAGCCUUGGUGAGUAAGGAGCGUCUCGUCCAGCUGAAAGGCAGCGGGGCCUCCGGCUCGUUCAAGGUGAACAAGAAGCAGCUGCAGAGCCAGGAGAAAGCGGACAAGAAAAAGGCGCUGCCUGCAGCAAAGGCCAAAUCCAAUAAAGCAGCAAAGCCAAAGAGCAAAGCGGCCAAGUCCCCCAAGAAGCCCAAAAAGCUGAGGUUACUUAAGGCUACUCCUCCCCCUUCCACCUGCCGAUUAAUGUUUAGUGUUCUGACUUUUCAGCAAGAGAAGACACCUAUCUAA